CCUCAAAACCUAAGUGAAGGGAAGUUACUCCAUAGAGAAGAGAGAGACUGCAGAAAUCUGAUCUAGAUCUUCAAUCUCCAUCUCCAAGCUUGAUUCCCGAGCUCCAAUGGCGAAGAAAUCCUCCAAAAUAGCUCCAAGAAUGUUCCCAAGUCGCUCUCUCUCUCUAGGGUUCGUCCCUUGGGUGUUUGGGAUCCAAAACCCAGCUCUCCUCUUCUUUGGUUCGGAAUUUGGCUUAAAACCAGGAAAUCCCGACUCGCACGGCCAGGGUGCACGGCCGUGCAUAUCACCAUUCUGGCCGUGCAACUCAAAACGCAGAGUGUCAUUUAGUCGAACUUCAGCCCUCUCGCACGGCCAGGGUGCACGGCCGUGCGAGCUUCAGGGGUUGCCCGUGCGUGUCCUCGGCAUAAGGCGCACGGCCAUAUUGCUCACGUGCACGGCCGUGCAGCCUCCCUGGUCUGCCCGUGCAGCUCCCCAAAAACCUCGCCAUUCGUCCGUUCUUCGUCCAAUCGACCCCAGACUCGCUCCUAAGCCUUCAUUCACGUACUAGGACCUGAAACAUCACAAACAAGCACAACCUAGCGUGAAAUCGGUCUAAAACACGAGAAAUCACAUCUCAAACGGUGUAAGAACAGGGGUAAAAACAUGUGUAAUUAACGGUCUAUCAAACUCCCCCACACUUAACCGUUUGCUUGUCCCCAAGCAAACCUAACUCAAACCAAUGCAACUCUCCAGACCUCUAUAGCAACAAACAACCCAGAUCGUAGGUAGAGGACUUCCUAGAUCAUUUAGCAGCUUACGAGGUCAACCGACGCACAAGUCAUCUCAUAACUUCUUCGGCGAGUCGGCAUCAUGGCAAAUAGUGAACAGAGGACAAAUGGAUUGUGGAUGAAGAGAUUCUCAAAAACAAAGGAUCAUGGACUCA